AUGAUUAAGUAUGUAAUUCAGCAGAUCCUAUGGAUCAUCAGCGUCACGGCGCAGCUGCUUGCGGCAAUGGGCCUCGGCGUCCAGUGGAUGUUCAUGGCCAUUCGCCUAGUCACCUUCGCGGUGCUCGACCUCGGCUACUUCCUCCCGCACAUGGUGAAGCACUUUUUGUCGCCGAGCAUCAUCCGCCGUGUCUCCUACCGCUCCUCCAAGCGAACCAGGCAACGCAACCUGCAGAUAUUCCUCCAACAGGUGGCACGUAUUCCCCCGGCGAAGCGCAAUGCGGAACGCGGCGAGGCGUCGCCGACCGCCCCUCGGCGGCGCACAGACCCUGACAUGGACGCCGUGGAGCUGCUGGCCUCCACACUAAACCCCGCCGACGGUCGGUUGAUGAUGGGGCUGCCGCUGGGGUCGUCCUCGCUGACGUCGGCGCCAGGGGCCGUGGAGGAAGACGCGAUGAUGCAGAGCAUCGGCUCCUUCAGUAACACCGUGGCGUUUAUUCAAAACUACUACGCCGCCGCCGCCGCCGCCGCCGCCGCCGCGGAUGACGCGGCGGGUGGCACCGUCGAGCCGGCGGGGGAGCAAAAAAACCCCGACGCGCCGCCGAGUGCGGCGGUGGAGCCCACCUCAACAGGCGAGUCCGACGACGACGAGGACGAGGAGGACCGGAAAAAUCUUCAUAACCGCGCCACGCUCGAUAUUUACCUGCCGGUGCCCCUCGACUCGCUCUUUCGCAUGAUGGAGCAGGAGCGAAUGAUCUCGUCGCGGUCGAGGCUGCAGCGCAAAAAGUUCCCUAUUGUGAUCUCAGUUGUGGGCGGCGCGUGGAUUGUCGGCUUCUCCUUCUGGAACUUUCUCUUGGCUCCACUUCUUGCCGCACGCGGGUACGUUGUGUUCUGCCCCGACUACCGCAACUUCCCGCAGACGGACAUGGAGGGGAUGGUGCUGGACGUCUCAGACGCCGUGGGGUGGGUGCUACAAAACGCCGAGCGCUACGGUGGGGACGUCGCGGACGUCACGCUCGUCGGACAGUCGGCGGGCGCCCACCUCACGAUGAUGUCGCUGCUUUCGCAGGCGCAGCUGAGCGCGCACGCCGUCGCCGGUGGCACCCCACCGAGCACCGCCGCGUACAACGUCCCCCGCUACAACCCCCGCGCCUCCAUUCGCCAAUACGUUGGGCUGAGCGGCAUUUAUAAUAUUCGCGGUCUGGUGAGGCACUUUGACCGCCGAGGGCUCUACCGCAGCGUGCUGUACCAGAUCGCCGGGGGCCGCUCCCGCCUGCCCCGCUUCUCGCCGACGGCGUACUUUGAUGAGCGACGCUGCGGCGCCACAGGGGAGGUGCUGCCCAAAAACAUCUUUGAUUUUCUCCCCCAACGCAUGCACUUUAUUCACGGGGACGCGGACUGCAGCGCCCCUGUGUCGGAGUCGGCAAAUCUCGCCUUCGUGAUGCGCAACGCCCAGCGUGCACGCUUGGCCGAGCAGUACACGGACGGCGGCCAAGGCACCGGCAGCUGUCAGGCACGGCCGGUGGAUAUUGAGUACAUUUUGGUGCCCGGAGCCAACCACACGGAUGCCAUCAUUGAGGAGUGCCUGGCGGCGAAGGAGAGCCACGUGCUGGAUUUCUUGUGCUACUACAGCACCGGCGAGGAAAGUCGCGGGCGACGCAACAGCGUCCGCAGAGCUCGCAAUGACGAGGUCGAGACGGACGAGGAUGAGGGCCAAAUUGAUCCGUCAAAGCACCCCGAUGGCGUACUCGUCACACCUGUGCCACACUCCAAGCGGCCCCUGCUGAUGCGUUUGGCCAGCUACGUCUGUCCCUUCUGA